CCAGCCGUGACUGUCGAGGUCAAGUCCACAGUAGCAGACGGAGGCGCCUGGGAUACUUACUUCAUCCCUGUGUCAUGUUUCCUCCUCUUCAACUUGAUGGACUGGGCUGGCAGGAGUCUGACGGCCGUCUGUAUGUGGCCGGGUAAAGACAGUAUCUGGCUUCCUGUCCUGGUGGGUUUACGGGUCGUCUUCAUCCCUCUCUUCAUGCUGUGUAACGUCCAGCCUCGUCACUACCUCCCUGUGCUGUUUGCCCACGACGCCUGGUACAUCAUCUUCAUGAUCUUCUUCUCCUUCUCCAACGGGUACCUGGCCAGUCUCUGCAUGUGCUUUGGACCCAAGAAGGUGCCGCAGCAUGAGGCAGAGACAGCAGGGGCCAUCAUGGCCUUCUUCUUGUCCCUCGGAUUGGCGCUGGGCGCUGCAGUGUCAUUUGCUUUCCGGGCCAUGAUCUAAAAACCUUCAGCAGAACCUUCAGUAGAUGUAGAGUAGACCAUCCUGCCCUUCCAACAAACUCUCCCCG